AAGUGUUACUAAACCCAUCACAGUAAAAUCAGUCUGUAUAUGCAGUAAAGCAUGCUUGUUAUACUCUCACUGUGGAACCUAAGGGGUUAAUCCUCCGCAUUGUGUAAAAAGGCUGUUUCAUCCUCUUUUCUCUGCCCCGCCUCUUGUUCAAAUGUCCACGUCUUAUCUCCUGAUAAGACAGACUGAACCCGUAGCCCUUCUGCACAUGCUCAGUUUAGUGUGUAUUGCUAGAGAUUUUUUUUUUUCUUGGGAGAGUUCAUGUGAUCAGCACAGGGCCAAUCAGCACUGUCCAGACAGAGGGUCAGGG